AUAUCUAUGAAAUUUGCAAAGGGUGCAACAAUUUGCAGUACAGCUGGGGAGUUCCUCUCAGAAGCAGUUCUUCCGCAGAGUUCUUCCCUAAAAUCGCGCACCCUUCCUUUGUUGAGACUCUUCGCUGAACCUUCCUCAUCCGACAACCCUGGUCCACUUCAACUGCCAUCAUGUUUGCACCUCGUGUUCUCGGGAUCCUCCUGACUGUGGCCAUCCUGCCCAUAGUCACAUCAGAAACAUGUCCGUCUGCAGGUUACCCUGGCAUACCCGGGAUACCAGGGAUGCCAGGAAGAGACGGCAGGGAUGGGGAGAAGGGGGAAAAAGGGGAACCAGGUGAUGUCUGGACAUCAAAGCAGUUGGCAGAGAAGGGUCAAAAAGGUGAACCUGGUCCAAAAGGACCAACAGGCAAGAUUGGGCGAACUGGGCUGCCGGGUCUGAAGGGCUUCCCUGGUCCAAUGGGACCAGAGGGGGACAACGGGGAGUCCAGCGCCUUGGAGAUCACACUGCAGUCUGCAUUCAGUGUGACGAGGCGCACCAAAGCCCCCCCGACCCGAAACAGCCCGGUGCGUUUCACCCACGUGAUCACAAACAUCAAUGACCACUUUGACAUCGAAACGGGAAAAUUCGUGUGCCACAUUUCGGGCACCUACUACUUUGUGUACCACGCGUCUGCUAAGUCCUCGCUGUGUGUCUCGCUGAUCCGAGAGGGCCGCAGUCUAGCCAGCUUCUGCGACCACGUGCACAAUGAGGCCCAGGUGAGCUCAGGUGGUCUGGCGGUGUACGUGAAGAAGGAUGAGAAAGUGUGGCUGGAGACCAACGACUACAACGGCAUCAUUGGGGUGGCGGGCAGGCAGAGCGUCUUCUCGGGCUUCCUCCUCUACCCACACUGAUGAGAAAAUGCUCUUAAUGUGUACAUGUCCAUUUUUGAAAAAUCUGUUGUUUUGUAGUUUUUUAUUUUACUUUCCAUCUUUCUGUUUGCCUUUUUAAAAAUUAAAUUGCUUUUAUUGCACUGUCUGCGCUUAGUCUUCCCUAAAUAAGAAUAAUACAUUUUUUUUAGCAGUGAUACUAUGGAUGAAAAUGAAUUUGUAUGGCAAUUUGAUUUCAAACUUUUUGAGUUAGAGUACAAAUUCAUGUUGUGUACAGCAGUCAUAAAUAAACUUGAUUUUUCGGUCAAGCUUAUGCUAUCAGUGUUCUUGCGUAAUCGAUAAGAUGAAUGUAAUAAACAAAUUGUUUACUGGGAGCAGGGACAUGUAUACAUGAAUGCUGGUCCAAGUUGAGGCAGAAAGUCAGUGUUGUCCAUCGCAGAAAGUGUCAAUACUAAAGUAAAUAACAUGGUUAACUGCAGACGAAAAUAUUCAAACGAUUAUCAGAAUAACAUUCAUACGCAAGUGACACUGUUCCUAUCGAGGUAUAACUUACAUGAAGGUAUUUAGACAAUGCUAAUGUUAUGUAAACAAUUGCAAUAAACUUUUUUUUCACCAAAA